GUUCUUCUGGGUAUAGAAGCCCAAAGUUGCCAUUUUUAAGAAAUAUAAAAUCUUGAAUUGGACAACAAAAUUAAGUACCGAAGACAAAGAUAGCGUGUACGCUUCCGAGUAACUUUCAGUUUCACUUCACUCUCUGUACUCUCCACUUCUUCUAUCUCACCAAAUAAUCCUCCUCCACACUUCUAAGUAAGGUUCUCCUGUCACUUGAAACAGUGAAUUAUUCGUCCUGUUGUUAAUGUUCAAUGGCACCCUUCCAGAAAAAAUCCAAGACCAAAAAGAAGACUAAGAAGUUCAAAAAACACAAACAGGUGAGUCUUGUACCUGUUGAGCCCAGAACCAGUGAGACCGAUUGGUGGGACUCUUUCUGGCACAAGAAUUCUACUACCCCAGGAUACUCUGUACCUAUUGAUGAGGCAGAAGGGUUUAAGUAUUUCUUCAGGGUUUCAAAGAGUUCUUUUGAAUACAUAUGUUCCCUUGUGAGGGAGGAUCUCAUAUCAAGGCCUCCAUCAGGGCUCAUCAACAUAGAGGGAAGGCUUCUGAGUGUUGAGAAGCAGGUUGCAAUUGCCCUUAGAAGGUUGGCAUCUGGUGAGUCUCAAGUCUCAGUUGGAGCUGCCUUUGGGGUUGGGCAAUCAACAGUGUCUCAGGUGACUUGGAGAUUCAUAGAGGCACUUGAGGAACGUGCUAAACAUCACCUCAAUUGGCCAGAUUUCAAUAGAAUACAGGAAAUCAAGCGUGGUUUUGAAGCAUCCUAUGGGUUGCCUAAUUGCUGUGGAGCCAUUGAUGCAACACACAUCAUGAUGACCCUUCCGGCUGUCCAAACCUCAGAUGACUGGUGUGAUCAGGAGAAGAACUACAGCAUGUUGUUGCAGGGAAUUGUGGAUCAUGAAAUGAGAUUUAUUGACAUUAUGACUGGUUUGCCUGGUGGCAUGUCAUUUUCCAGAUUGUUGAAGUGUUCAGCAUUUUUCAAGCUAUCAGAGAAUGGUGAGCGUUUAAACGGAAGUGUGAAAGCUUUGGCUGGAGAUGUUAUAAGAGAAUAUGUGGUUGGUGGGUGCAGUUAUCCUCUUCUUCAAUGGCUCAUGACUCCUUAUGAAACUAAUGGAGCUAAUGCCAUAUCAGUUUCACAGUCUACAUUCAAUCAGAAACAUGGAGCUGGAAAGGUUCUUGCUGUGAAGGCAUUCUCGUUGUUAAAGGGAAGUUGGAGAAUCCUGAGUAAGGUUAUGUGGAGACCUGAUAAGAGGAAAUUGCCCAGCAUUAUCUUGACAUGCUGUUUGCUCCAUAACAUAAUCAUUGACUGUGGAGACUCCUUUCAACCAGACGUUGCCUUGUCUGGUCAUCAUGAUUCUGGAUAUCAAGAACAGCAUUGCAAGCAAGUUGACCCUUUGGGGAGGACCAUGCGAGAUAUUUUGGCCAAGCAUUUACAGCAAUAAUGUACUUAGAUGUUCAUGAUACUUCUGAUGUUACCUUUGUACAUCUGAUCUACAAUUUGACUUUUGACCGCGGCAUUCUGUCUUUGAAAUUAAGAAACUGAGUUUUCUCUCCCCUUUGGUUGGGAAUUGUGAUUUAUCCCCUUGAUUUUGUUUAAUGUUAAUUAUUCUCGAAA